AUGAUCUCCCACACACCGCACCCCGGCCCCCCGCACACCCGGAAACAAGCCGUCGCGGCCCCCCCGCCCGCCCGAGUCGUCCCCAAGCCGGCGCCCCCGUCCCACGAGCGGGACCCCCGCGCCUACCAGCUCGAGCAGCUGCGGCGCAGGUUCUCGCCGCGCGAGUCCACCGCCGCCGACGGCACCUCGUGCCUGCUGUUCCGGCUGAAGCCCUCGGACCCCGACUUCCCCUUCGAGCUGGCCCAUCUCGAGUGCGAGGUGCGCGUCCCGCCCGGCUACCCGGCGCACAGGCCGGCCCUGCGCGUGCGCAACGGCAACAUCCCCCGCGGGUUCGGCAUCAACAUCGAGCGAGGGUGGGACAGGCUGGCGGCCGAGGCGGGCGGCGGGGCCACCUUGCUCUCCGUCGUCAACGCCCUGGACAAGAGGCUGGAGAAGCUGCUGUCUGAGGAGAAGGCCGAGACGGUCAAGCUGGUCGCGUUUAGGGAUACGCGCCACCUCGGGGGCGGGGCGGCGGCGGGCCCGGCGGCCGGCGCCAAGGAGGAGGGGGCGCGAGCGGCAGCAGCAGCAGCGGAGGCACGCGCGCCGGCCGCCCAGCAGGAGGAGCCGCGAGCAGCAGCAGCAGCAGCAGCAGCAGCAGCAGAGGCACGCGCGCCCGGGGAGCGCUACUCGCGGGAGCAGGUCGCCGACGCCAAGGCCAGGAGGGCGCGGGAAAUCCGGCAGAUUGAAGCCCGGAUGGGGAGGCUGUCCCGUUUCCGCCGCUCCGCCGACGGCGUCGUCUUCACGCUGCCCGUUGAGCCGAAGCGGAGAGGCGAGCUGCCGCCGGGCCUUUGCGCGGUCGACAGCCUCGAUCUCAUGGUGCCGCUGCUGUACCCCUUGCAGGACCUGCGGAUCCAGCUCAACGGGGCCGACGCCGCGGACGCAGAGCCGGUCGAGGAGCUGUUCGCCGCGCUGGCGGCUCGGCAAAAGUCGGCGACUCUGAUGAGCCACAUGAACCGUCUUGUGCAGAGCCUGCACAGCCUAGCCAGGCAGGCGGGGGGCUCGGCUGCGGGGGCGACUCCGAAAGCAGCUGAGGCUGUCGCGGGAGACGCCUGCGCUUCUGCUGCUGCGGGCCCCUCUGGCGGGUCUGCCGGGGAGAGAAGCCACGUCAAGGUGAUUCCGCGGCCGCCGGAGUGGGACUGUACGCGGGACGACGGCGACUCGGACUCGUCGUAUUCUUCCGGCGACAGCGGCGGCAGCGACGACGACGCAGACGCAGACGACGGCAGCGACGACGGCAGCGACGACGUGAAGCCCGCCAACCCAUCCACCCAGGCCACCGACGCCCUGGGCAAGGGAACCAUGCUGUCGCUCCCCGGCGUAGAGCUCCGCGGCAUCGAAGCACUCGAGGUUUCGAUCCUCGGCCUCAGCGUCAAAUGCGACCGGUGCAAGACGGCCAACGACUUGACCAACCUCCGGCCCGGCCUCGCCAACACAGCGAGCUGCCGCAAGUGCGCCAGCCGGCUGACAGCGGCAUUCAGCCCGCGCAUCGUGCACGGCAGGUCGUCCCGCGCCGGCUUCGUCGACCUGCAGGGCUGCCGGGCCGCCGACCUGCUGCCGAGCACGUUUGCGCCGACGUGCGAGCGGUGCUCGACGGCCGGCCCGGGCUUCGUCUCCGUCAGGGGGGAGAGCGUCACCAACGUCUGCCGCGCGUGCCACGGCCGAUUCACGCUGCGGAUUCCCGAGGCCAGGUUCCUCCAGAUGACGCCCGGGUCGUCGCUGCCGUCGCUGCCGCCGCCGCCGCCGGCGGGCUCGCGGGCUCGGGCGGAGCGGCUGGGCCUCCGGGCGGGGGAGCCGCUGCCGGACAAGGGGGCGUGCGCGCACUACCGGCGGUCGUACCGGUGGUUCCGGUUCUCGUGCUGCGAGCGCGUGCACGCGUGCGACAGGUGCCACGACGGGCGGGAGGACCACGCGAGCGAGUGGGCGGCGCGGAUGAUUUGCGGGUGGUGCAGCCGGGAGCAGAGGUACCGGGUGGAGGCGUGCGGCUGCUGCGGGCGCAGCGUGGUGGGCAAGCGGGGGCGGGGGUUCUGGGAGGGCGGCCGGGGGACGCGGGACCAGCGGCAGAUGAGCCGCAAGGACGGGCGGAAGCACAAGCGGCUGGGGGGGAAGAAGGAGUGA